AGUUGGGGAAGCUGAGCGUGMAGGACAUGGUGCAACUGGUUAAGUGUGACCGCGUGCUGRUCCGGUUGUGGAAUUACUACCAAUUCAAGCACGAGAAGAGGUCAGACGAGGAUUGGAUCCAAAGGUACCCUUUCCUGAAAUCAAGGUCUGCAGUGUUCCGGAAGUUUGAAAGUCAGGGAUUGGAUGACGAGUUGUGGGAUAACAGCGGGAAACACGUUUCGGACUCGGCGUUGUUCAAGGACUGUCCGCCGUACAUGGGUUGCSACCUGGACAACUCGAUUGAGGUGACGGAGAAGUUGGCGGGACACAAGAAGUUKUCCGUCGACUGGAGAAACAAGGUUCUYUCCGUAUUGAAUGGUAGCAGACUAAAGAGCCGGGAGGUCGCCCUUGUCGAAGACAUUGUUCACAUUAAAUGGAAAGACACGGGGGACGUGACAUCCAUCACGUCGUUCGCUAACGACCCUUUGGAGGUGGACAUGAGGGGCGCAGAGUUGAAGGAAGCAGUGACUGCCACAAAGAGCCACACGUUCGUCCUCGAUCUGUGCGAGCCGCUGUUGGAAGGGAAGUGGGUGAGGAGAGUUCAGCAAAAGAAAAGCUUCCCCGUUGGGAACAAUUUGUACACGGAGGAAGACCGCAUGUACAUCGUCUUCAAGGGUGACGAUCUGCGCGCCUACACGUCCGUGGUCUAUGAGGGAAACCUGCCCAGGGGUGCCGCUGCUGCGGUGCGAUUGCCUCAGAGGGUCACCCAGACGGAUGUGUCCGAGAUUCUCUUUGUGCCUUGGCAGCCUUGCGAUUGGUCGCUGGUGACGCCGGAACGACAGGGCAGUGUCUACGGGGAUAUGAAACGCAAUCCGACACAAUUCGUCGGUCUUCUUGAUUUCCUUGGCAACAAGGGAGAGGGUGUCGUGUUCCUUGGGAAACCGCACGCGCGAAGCGUCUGGCAUCUUCUGAAGGCCGGUCGGCACGUUGUCGCGAUGGAAGGGAAUGCCGAGCUCUCGCAAUUCCCGAUGCAGGUGGUGAAAAGCGAGGUCAAUUCAGGUGGGCAAAAUUGUGAGUUUAUGGUCGUGAAGCCAACACGGGAUAAGGUGUGGAGCAUUAAGACGGAUAUGAUGUUCAAGUUGAGCGAGAGGAAGAUGAACAAGAUAUACGAUUUCUUGUUCCUUCAAACGUGGUCGAGGAAGGACUCUGACGCCGAGUACGUCCGCCGGAAGGACCACAUGUUCGCACUGCUCGACAACUACCACUUCGCCUCCCGCAUGAACGCAAAGACGUUUCUCGAUAGGCUGCAGUCGCUGUACUUCGUGGAGUCCGAGGAGCAGUUGAAGUUAGCCAGUUACGCUUUUCUGAUCUCCACUGAUGACGAGGAAGGCAAAGGUGUGGAGUUUGUCGCCAACGCGAAGGAGGAGGAGAGCGACACAGAGAGCAUUGACCUGCAGUACGACCCAUCUCCGGCGGACCACGGCAAAGGGUCGUUGUCGGCCGGUCCGUCACCGAGCGCUGCAGCCCUCGUAUCACCGUCGGCCAAACCGUCGCCAGGCACCACGACGAUGAAGUUGCUGGAGGGACUCAGAGCUCUGGCCGUCCCCCCGCCCGCUUUGCGCCCUGGCCGCGGGGUGGCGGGUUUCGCCGUCGACCGGCCUCCGUCGACAGGCACCUGGCCGGAGCGUACGACACAGUCCACCGACCUCCCUACUUCGUCCGUGGGCUUAGCGAGGGACAUGUUGGCAGCUUUGCUUGCUCUGGGCCGUCGCUUCGGCGGAAAGUUGAAGUCUGCCGGUAUCCGAACUACGUCCGCUGAGGAGCCGCCGGAUCGGUCUGGAAUGCAAUGUCGCACGGGGUCGGGGGAGCCAAGCAAGGAUCCUGAAAUUGGCAGUGUUGCGGCGCGGGACGGAAACGUGGGAAAGGUGUCGCCUGAGCACGGGCGACGGCCGCAAGGAUUGCAGCAUGAGGCUGCAGGGAUUGUCGUGCCGUUGAGAGGGGCAGCGUGCACGGAAACGGAAGGGCGGUCUUUGGGAUUCAACACGGAUACCGCGGAAGGGGAUGAGUUUCGUGGAAGGGAAGUAGGGGAGAAAAUGGAGGAACGGAGGGGAGCGCAAGAAGGGGAGGAAGAAGGGGAGGAAGAAGGGGAAGAAGAGGAGGAAGGGGAGGAAGCGGGAGAAACGGAGGUACUUGAGUUGCUUGAAGGAAGGGAGAGUGCCGGAUCUGGAGACGACGAGGUAGAGCACAGUGAGGAAGAUGCCGGAUCUGGAGAGUCGUCUGACGAGUUCGGACAACUGUACGGAGAGCAUCACGAGGAUGAUGUUGACGACGAUGCCACGGGAAUAGAGAUGGAGACACAGGUCGUUAGCAGCCUUUCCGCACAGCGUGAAGAUUAUGCGGUCCGACCACUGACGUCUGCUGUUGACUUCCAACACCGCUUCGACGAGGCUUCCGUCGCUAUCAGCCCGUCUAAAACAAAUCGGCGUAUAAGCAUCGACGAAGUUAUCGACGGUAUCCUCGGCGACCACAACGUGUCUGCCCGUCCGUCCACAACGCCUGACGUCGACGAAACUCGCAACGUCACGUCUCCCGUUGCAACUGCCCUCGCUUCGUCGCCGCCGAAGACCCUGGUCCUGCCGGCCACCCUUGCCGCCGAAGAGGAAGGCGAGGUCGGGGGACGACAGCAUGUCACGUCCCCAAAAAAAUUUGAGGGUCGGCGCUCAAGCUCUCGACGUGCUCGCUUUGCCCGCGCCAAAUUCCCCAUCGAAGGACCGGAGAGAUAAACAGACUGGUAAGCCGUGAAGAACACCACACUACCCGCGCGUCCAGAUGUCGUCGGAUUACAGUCCGCGCUGUACACACG